AUGAAGUACAGGAUCGACUUGGACGAAUUUGUCCACUUGCUGGUCAUGCACCUGCCCGAUGCUCGCAUUGCAGCCGAUGCGGAGUUCAUGACCGACACGGAAAAGUGUAUCAGGCUUUGGUCACAAGAACGCGCGCAGCGUCUUGCAAAAAGUGUGGUGGCCGCUACUUCGGAUCGUAUAGGGAUGCAGAGGUUGGCGAUCUGUACAGGCAUCACACUUGGUGCUGCGAUGAUUGAAGCGACGCUCUUUGUGAAUUUCUCACAUCCGGCUGCCUUUUUCUUCAUUCUGCGCUAUGCAGCAGAGCAGCUUUUGCCAUCUGCCGUGUGGUUAACACAGGAUGCUUCUCUGGUGGCUGACGCAAUGGGGUACAGCCCUGAGGAGCUACUGGUGUUGCACAUUAUGGAUCCAGCAAAUAAGGCCGCAAGACUUCUGCAAGCCGGGCAGUGUCAUGCAGUACGUUCUCUGGCGGCCGGAUUCGGAUUGCUUGGUCAACUGUUUCAGAUUGCACAAAUAACAACGAAUACAAGGAAGCAGUUUGACGAGCGUGUUCGACUCGGCGAAGAGCCUCCUCUGUCCUCUGGUGCCAACGAGCGUGUCAUUCGGCUUUGUGGUGACUUCUCCUUCGUCACCUAUACCACGGCAUCAAAACAAGGGAAGUAUCAUGUGUUGCCCGUUAUGGAUCCCAGCAGCAUGCGAAUGCUUGCGGAGAAGGUCACGCUUGGAUUUAGAUAUCCGUUGUUUCUCGGCGUCCAGUCCAAGCUCUGGGGGCAGCCGGAAGUUUGGCAGCCUCUCCUGGGCGAUGCUGUCCAACCCUCGUGGCUCUUGGAUGGUCCGUCUGGGAGGAAGAUCUUGUGCAUCGAGGUGGAUGGAACAGAACGACGGGAGAUUCUUCUUUUUGGCCGCACGCGAAAGAUCGGAAUCGCACAAGCGAGCAAUGCCUUCCGCGCUAUAUCCUCCGUGGUGCUGCAGAGCCUGCAAAAGCAAGGCCUCGACGUCGCAUCGAUUCGUCUGCUGCGGGUUUACCUGGGUGAUAGCCACGAGCUGGCUGUGACAGGUGCAGGCGCCCGCUACACCUGCCGAGAAAGAGUGCAGUCUCGAUGCGAAGCUGAUGUGUUGGUGGAUUUCCACGCGCCGAUACUACAGCGUUUGCGUCUCUGGGCUUUGGAUUUUGCAGUCCUUGCAGCUACGUCGCAAGAUGAUCCAUUUCCAACGUUUUGCUUUGAGACAUCUUGCCCCGAACGGUUCCAGAAUGUCGCGCAUCUGAUGCGUGACACAGCUCAGGUGGUGGACCAGGUCUCAGCUGUCAGGAUACAAAAAUCCAUGGGCCAGCCGCUGCCCAGGCUGAUACACUACCCGUCCACCGCGGAGACCGUCAAUGCAGCUUAUGCACUGGCGCGUCUUGAGAAAUUUCCCUGCGAUCCGAUGCAGACCCUCGUCUUGUGUGAACGAGACUGGGGAGCGAAGCAGGUGCGAGAACUCAAUGCCGGAUUCCAGGUGUUGUCCGCCGCAGAUGUCAUCGAUGACCUGCUCCGUGAGGUUCGUCAGUGGGCACGCCAUGGUUUCUCAGGCCACGAGAUUCAGUCCGAACUCGACCGUCGAGAUGCGGUGACCCUGCUUGUGGAACGUCUCAGUGCUGCGCUGAAGGCGGAGGACCCGCGUGCUUUGAACGAGAGCGGAAGUUCCGAGGCGAAGCGGCGAGGCGAAGAGCGUUAUUUGUCCGCAGGAGCGUCAGCGAUCUGCGACCCAUACUUGGACCCCUACUUCUUCGGGACGCAGGAAGCCAGCUCGGAUCAAAAGAUGCAUCGCAGGUCGAGAUCGCGCUCGCCUCGUGCCUGA